UGCUAGGCCCACCUCCGGUAAUCGAAACUUCUGUAAUGAUGAAGUGGUUCACAAUAUGUCAAGCUGGAUGGCGUUGUUACUCUAGUUGAUUCUAAAUAUGCUAUGAAACAUUUAAAUGAAGUGAAACCACGAUUCGUAGUGAAUGAGACGGUUGAACAAGUUGCUUAUGCUGAUCGUAUAAUUUUGAAUAAAAUUGAUCUGGUAACUGAGGCUGAUUUGGAGGUCUUGACCGAGAGAAUUAAGCAUAUUAAUUGCAUGGCGCCAAUCAAACUAGCUAAACAUGGGAUUGUUGACAUGGACUUUGUUUUGGGAGUGGGAGGAUAUGAUCUAGACAGAAUUGAAUCCACAGUUCAUGGAGAAACCCCUUCUACAGACCAUCAUCAUCACCAUCAUAGAGAUGGUCAUGGGCACCAUGAGGAGCAUCUUCAUGACCAUGUGCAUGAUUCAGCUGUCUCUAGCAUUAGCAUUGUUUCUGAAGGAACUCUUGAUCUUGAUGAGGUUGAUGAUUGGCUUGAGAGACUCAUUGAAGAAAAAGGAGAGGAUUUGUAUAGAAUGAAGGGUGUCUUGUCUGUGAAUGGUUCUGAUCAGCGUUAUGUUUUUCAGAUUUUCACUACCAUUUCAUUCACGGAGUGCAUUCCGAACUCGACGGUGGCCGGGGGAACAUAUGGGACGCAAAUGAGAAGAUGA